AUGAAAAAGGCAUCGAAAAAUCCUCUCCAAUUACAAUUAUAUUGUAUAAAGUAUAAUUUAGCUUUAGCUUUAUGUUGUAAUAAGAAAAGAAGUAAUUGUUUUAAAGAUUAUCAUACUCAAAUGGAAAAUGAUAAUUAA